AUGUCUGAGAAAACCAUAAAUUUUGCUUCUCGUGAUUUUCGGGCAAUAAUUGCCUAUUGUUAUCGGCGCGCGCUGACGGCACAGGAGGCGACAGAUGAAAUUAAUGACACAUUGGGAUCAAAUACUGUUAUUUACUCUACAGUAACGCAUUGGUAUCGAGAGUUCAAAUUUGGUCGUACAUCACUUGAGGAUAUGCCGAAGUCAGGUCGACCUCGGGAAGUGACCACCGAUGAAAAUGUGGCCAGAAUUCGGGAACUACUUCAAGUAGAUCCACGAAUGACACUAAUACAGAUGGCAUAUACAUUGAAUAUUUCAACCGAGAGAGUCCAUCAUAUUCUACACAAUUAUCUUAAUGCAAGACAUGUUUGUGUCAAAUGGGUACCUCACGUGCUGUCAGCCGACCAAAUGGCCACUCGUGUUAAGAUCUGCCGGGAAAACCUAAAGAUAUUUUCGGAUGGCGGAGAUCACUUUAUUUAUCGAUUAGUGACUGGUGAUGAAACAUAUGUGUACUUUUAUGACAAUUUAAACAGUAAAGAAGCAAAGUUAUGGGUCAUAGAAGAUGAAGAGAUCCCGAAGUUAGCCAAACGUGAAGUGCAUUUAGGAAAGGGAGAGAAGGUUACCGCCGACUGGUAUGUGAAGAAAUGUUUGCCUCAAGUCUUUGAAUCUGUUUGUGAGGACCGCCCGAAGUCGGGACUAACUGGUAUUUUUUUGCAUCACGAUAAUGCCCGUCCUCACAAAGCAUUGGUAACAACCAAGUAUCUCAAAGACAAUGGUAUUCGACUUCUGGCACACCCACCGUACAGUCCUGAUCUGGCUCCGGCUGAUUUUUGGCUUUUCAAAAACCUCAAGAAACACCUGAGAGGAACGGUAUUUAAUAGCGAAAUUGAGAUUGACAUCGCUAUUGAGUCAUUUUUGGGAGACCUAAGUCCAGCCGACUGGCGCGGGGUCUAUGAGAAGUGGGUCGACCGUAUGAAACGUGUCAUAAGGGCUAACGGAGACUAUAUUUAA